CCCUCUCCGCGUCAUGUUACACAGCGACUUCGUUUCUUGAAUCCGAUCAAGAACCGUUUUUGGUUCUUCUUUCUUGAUCGGAUCGGGACUAUCUCUAGUCUUUCUUUAUCGAUUCACAGCUGUGGAUUCUGCCGGAACAAUGAGGAGAGCAGAUAGGGUUUCGGGGCGAGAGAGAGAGCCCAUGCUUGCCUUGGAGAUCAACUUGAUCUCAGCGCAGAAUCUCAAACCCCCCUCCGCCAAUCUACGCCGAAUGCAAACCUACGCACUCGUCUGGGUAGACCCUAGCCACAAGGUCAGGACCCGAACCGACCGGAUCGGCGGCGAGAACCCGACCUGGAACGACAGGUUCUUCUUCAAAGUCAGCCCGGAGUUCCUCUCCAGUGAGACCUCAGCCGUCUCCAUCGAGAUCUACGCCGUCGGUUGCCUCCGCCACCAUCGGAUCGGUACCGUCCGAUUCCUUACCGGCAACUUCCCGCCCGCCGUCCGAUCCGGCUCGAGGAUCCCAGCCUUCACCGCCGUCCAGAUCCGCCGCCCCUCCGGAAGAUUCCAAGGUGUCUUGAACAUCGCAGCAGCGGCGUUCGUCGGCUCCGAUUUCCCAGCAUUGGACGGAAGGUCCGCCAUCGGAUACCGCGAGCAAGUGGGAGAGUCCGAGCGGCGCCGGCGCCGGAGAGAGUCGUGGGCUUACGGCGAUGGACUUUCCGUCGCGUCUUGCGAGAAUUCUUGUGCAGAGUCGGGGGAUAUUUCGGACGGUGGUGAGUCUUCGACGUCGUCCUCGUCGUCGGCAUCAACUGUGCUGAAAGACUGGAAUGGGGUUAGAGAAUUGGCGGGAACGAAGGGUUUGCGUGCAUCGGACGGUGCUGGAUUGCUGUGCGGCUUGUUGAUGCAUAGGAAAUUUGAUUUUAGCCCGUCGGAUGAAACAGGGUGUCUUGGGUGGGUCCCAGGACAUGGAAAGGUAAACGACGGUCCUGAUUCGUUUUGAUUCUCAUUUGCUGAUGAACGGUGGAGAUCAUCUUGAGAAUCUGUGAGUAUGGUACGUGUGUUCAACCAUCUUAAAUGUACAUGGUUGAAUACU